UCCGGACUAGAAAACGACAAUCAAAAUUUAUUACACGUGAUAUAACAAGAGAGUUGAUAUAAAAAUGUAAAUAUAACAAAUGAAUAUGUAAAUCGCUAUUUAAAAUUUAAACCUGAAGGUUAUCUACAACAUCAGCUAAAGUUUAUGAUUUAAAAGAUUAAAAUUUAUAAACACGCAAAAACAAGAUAAAAAAUUUGCGAUUGUAGGUUAAGGCCAGAGAGUGCAGAUAAAUUUGGAAUAAAAGAUAUUGCGACUUUAACAAAUUAGCACCAUCUGUUUUUUAAAAGCAAUUAUAUAAACAUACAAGUACAAGUUCUCAGUUCUCUGACACUGUUAUUUGAAAGCUCUGAAGGUAUAGUAUUUCACAUUUUCAUGGCAAUGGUUUUUAAAUGGAACAUGCGAUACUCCAUUUAUGUAUCUUAAUUAAUAAUAACAAAGCUGACAGCAAUUUAGGAUGACAUGUUUUGUUAGCUGAACACCUCUAGUGGAUGCAGCAGUGUUUUGAUGUCCAGCAGCUGUGUUAGUUAGAUCAAACAAUGGAAAAUUAUACAUCUGACAGUAGUGAUAGUGAAAAUAGUGUUAAAGUAAUAGAUUAUGCCUAUCUACUGCUCAACCCAGACGAGACAGAAGACAAACUAGAGAAAUAUUUUGAUGAAAAGAAAUCGUUUGAAUUAGUCGAGAAGUUAAUACUACAUCACAAUCAACUUAUUACACUGCCUGACUCUGUAUAUCAGUUUUCUAAUACAAGAGUAUUGGAUAUAAGCAAUAAUGGUAUUACUACCUUGCCAGAUGUAUUCAAGUACCUUCCGUUGACCAGUUUUACUGCCAAAAAUAAUUUGCUAACCUGUAGUUCUAUACCAAAGAGUUUUGAAAAGUGCCUUUCUUUAAUUGAGCUUAAUCUGAGUGGAAACAAGCUAUGCCAUUUUCCAGAGCAAAUCCUGGAUUUCGUUGGAUUAAAAUUUUUAUAUCUAGGAGGAAAUGGAAUGGUAGAGAUAUCCAAAAAUAUUUGGAAGUUACAAAAUUUGCAGAUGGUAUCCUUUGGAGGAAAUAAGCUCACUGAAGUUCCUGCAGCCAUUGGCCUUUUGCAACACUUGCAAGCCUUAGUAUUAUGUGAUAACCAUAUCGAAUGUCUGCCAGCAAAUAUAGCCAAUUUACACAAACUGAAGACGUUACUUCUGCACAAAAACAAAUUAAGGACCCUGCCUCCAGAAAUCGUAGCGUUAAAAAAUCUUUCUGAGUUAAGUUUGCGUGAUAACCCACUAAUUAUAAGAUUCGUCAGUGAGAUGAGUCACAGUCCUUCAAGUUUGUUAGAACUGUCGGCAAGAACUAUCAAAUUAUAUAAUAUUGGAUAUGGACCCGGAGAUAUACCUGCCACACUAUUCAGCUAUAUAAACUCUGGUCAUCAUUGUGUUAAUCCCCAUUGCAAAGGUGUAUACUUUGACAACCGUGUUGAACAUAUCAAGUUUGUAGACUUUUGUGGGAAGUACAGAAUUCCAUUGCUCCAAUAUUUGUGUUCUUCCAAAUGUGCCAAUACUGCCUCCGUAAGAGAAUGGAAGGACGAAAGUAUCGAUAGACCCUCGAGAUCCUACAUGAUGAAGAAAGUCUUAUUGGGUUGACGAACCUUCACACAGAUUCUAUUGGCUUGGACCAAACACAUUUUGCAUUUAGUUCAAAAAUACAUGAACUCCGAAACACUUUAUAAGUGAAAAGAAAUAUUUGUGAUACAAGUUAUUAAAUUUUUUAACUUUUA